AUGGCGGAGGCGCUUCCGAAGGAACAGCAGCUCGAGAAAGGCAAGAAAGAGCUUAUGAAAAUCGCCUCGAGCAAGGAGAUUGCAUUUAGCAACUACCAGUGGACAGAGCGCGAGUCCCAAAGUUCGAUUGAGAAGAAAAUGCAGCGUUCCUGGGAUGCAACGGAGGUGGAAGAGAACCUGACCGUGAUUCAGGAGCUUGCGGAGGUCCUGAAGAAAUGUCCCAACUUGAUCCUUCGCAUUAAGAGCAUCUGCGAUGGCUCUGGGCAGAAUGAUCAAGUAACCCAGGCCGCCUUUGCAAAGGAUUUCGAGGCUGACUUUCCCACGGAGGCCAUGGACAAGAGCUUGCCCUACGCCCAUGCCCGUGCUCUAACAAUUCAGCGUAUGCUGAUGGAGCAGGGCAUCACUCUCGACCGCAUGGUGUCGUCGCUGCAGGAGGGAAAGGUCAGGUCUGUGGAGUUUGCCGUGGAAUAG